AUGCUCGUCGAUAUCACGCAGUCUGAUCUCGAAGGCAACGACAUCCCAGCAGAGGCAGGACCGACUCAGCAAGCCACGGCCAACUUCGGGGCGGAGGUAGCGCGGCCGAGAGCCGCUUUGCAAGCCCAGGAUGCCCCAGAUGCUGCCAAAGCAUUUCAGGCCUUGUCAACCUCGAUGGCCUCCCCCAAGUUUAGCUUCGGUUCGCGAGCAAAGGGAAGACAAAGCAGGCCGAAAGCUCCAGGUCCUGGAAGCUAUAUGGAUCCAAGUGCAGAUCUGAAUUCCAGGCACAAGAGGCUACCUCGCUUUGGCUUCGGCACGGACACCCGAUUGGUCAAGUUGGUGAACCGCACGCCGGGUCCCGGCUCCUAUUCGGUUACAAUGGUCCUUGGGAGUGAUGCCAACAAAGUCUCGUGCACACCCAGACGAGAGGUGAAGCAGACGAAGCCUCGCCAAAAGGCCCGGAAUUUGGGGAUCUUCCUGUGUAUGAAGCAGAGAUCUGCAGUAACUUGUCCUUCUUGCAGGCUGUUGGCAUACCAAGGGGUAGAAUGGGAAAUAUUGCUGGAUGCAUCAGGGGGUGGGAUGCAGGGCUUUGCAAUGCAAGACUCGCAGAGCCAACAGCCUCUGGAAAUGGAGUAUCGCCGAAUCGCAGCAGAAUGUGUGAGAGCAUCGUCCAUGACAACGCAUCAGAUAGGACGGAUUUCUACAUGGGGAGCCGGGCAGGUAGCUCUCACCCGUCAGGCGGGCGCCUCGAAGCGUGCAUCAUGCGCAUGGAAGCACAUAUGCCGCCCACGUCCGAGCAACCUUUCCGGGGUGUCGUCUAGUCCCAUAUAA